CUCCAUCAUCAUCACAACCCAUGAAUCCCGUGUCAUCUGCCCAUCCACACACAUCAUGUCUUUCCCUUGGUCCACCCCGUUGUUCGCCAGGGAACAUACUUGUGACAAUACGAAUAGUCCACCGACGAAGCGAAUGCUCCCUUCCCAUCCCCGCUGAUCCCGGUCAAGUUCCAAAAGUGAGUUCCCCAGAAAAAAGACCCUCCCAACAGGUAUGUAGGGGUGCUUCUGAAAGGGUACAAAAACAUUGCUACCCCCGUAACCCAUGGGCCUGGGUUUUUUCCUCCUUUCUCCAGACCAUCAUCGUCGACCUUUUUCCGACUCCAUUCGCCGCAUUUCCUUGUACUCGUGUUCCGUACUUACCCAACAGCGACCCCUCGCCCACCGCUUCAAUCAUUGCGAAUCAUUCACCAUGGCGACCACCGAACAACCAACCAACCUCGACACCUCUUCCAACAAUGUCACGGCCAACGGCAACCCUUCCACCCACCAGCAAAAGUUGGACGAGGCCACUCGAGGCAUGAGCCACGAGGAAAAGGCUGCUGCCACGAAUGCCGCUCGCUUUGGCUAUGGCCCUCUGGCCCACAUGCGUACUGCCGAAGGCGCUCUGCUUCCUGCCUUUGGUGGUGAAUUCCAACCUGGUCUCUACAAGCCGGUCGAAGGUCGCAAAUUCGCCAACCCGGCUCCUCUCGGCCUCUCUGCUUUCGCCCUGACCACGUUCGUCCUCAGUCUGAUCAACUUGAACACUCGAGGGUUGGCCGGUGUCAAUCCCAUCGUCAUCGGUCUCGCUUUUGGUUAUGGUGGCUUGGUUCAGCUCCUGGCCGGCAUGUGGGAAAUCGCCGUGGGCAACACUUUUGGUGGUACGGCCCUGUCUUCGUACGGUGGUUUCUGGAUCUCUUUCGCCAUCACCUUGACCCCUGGUGGGUUCCAAGUCGUGUCCACCAUUGAGUCAGAGGGCGGUGGUAAAGCUGUCCUCAACUCGUUGGGUCUCUACUUGAUGGGCUGGUUCAUCUUCACCUUCAUCCUACUCCUCUGCACCCUCAAGUCGACGGUCGCCUUCUUCUUCCUAUUCUUCGUCCUCGACCUGGCCUUCCUCAUGUUGGGCAUCGCCUACCUACGCCCUGUCAACGGAGAACCAAGCCCGGGCUGCACGCGCGCAGGUGGCGCCUUUGGUAUCCUCGCAGCCUUUGCCGCGUGGUACAAUGCCCUGGCCGGUAUUGCCGACACCUCCAACAGUUUCUUCAUCAUUCCCGUCGCCCACUUCCCUUGGUCUGAAAAGGGCAAGGCAUCUCGCGCCGAGAAGAGAGAUAUUGAGCACCAAGCAUAAAUUGCGCGACUGCCCAAUAUGGUCUCGAAAGAAAGGACGAGGAGAAAAAGGGACUCGGCACGCAUGCGGUGCACGCGCGGCGAUUCAUCCACUGUGAAGACGGUCCAGGAGUGUUGGGACAUUUGUAUCGAUUUGUCGAGAGACGUGUGAUAUCUACAGGAGAUAAUGCUGGGAAGGAAGAGAAAGAAACAGAGCAUGCGGGAUGUGGAAAAUACUUAAUAGCAAACCUCAAAUACCCCCUUCAUUUUUGUUUUUGCGCAUGCUACGAUGACCAUUUAUUUUGGAUACCCCCUGUUCAAAGACAAGUACGUGGUAUGGAAACUUUGAUGGAGUUUUCUCUCUUUUGAUCAACAUUCAACUAGUUCUCUCUUAUUCAAAGGAAAGAUAAUCAAACCCAAAAGAGAUGAAAAGUUGUCAUCCAUCUUUGGUUUUCUGAAGCAUUCUUUUUACCUUGAUUAUUACUUUGAAUACCCGUGUGCGCCAUAGUACAUUUCUAAUUCGUAGUAUGUUGAGAAAGGUGUUGUGUCUACGAGAAUAGAGAUGUUGCAAUCCCUC